CAAAAGACCGGCCAUAAACACUACCUGGUCAUUUCUUCUGCUGGCCACAGCAGACAGUGUUGUGUCAGGAAUUUUUUUAGUAUCUCACCAUGUGGUUGUCUAGGGCUCACCUGUUGCUGUUGUCCCUACUGCUGUGUAUGACUGCAGUGCACUGCUUCAUACCCCUGGUGGGAUUCAGCCUGAACCCGACGGACGACGACGGGGACGACAACUGGUCCCACGGCGCCAUCACGCGCCGGGCUGUCCUGGACGCCGCGGCGGACUUCCUCCGGGACCUGCCCGACUGCGAUCUGGGCUCGCUCGCCACCGUCAGACCCAGCGAGAUCUUCCAGGAGAUCUCCAUGAUCUUCAUGUCGUGUUUCGGGCGUGUGGUCUCCGCAGCACGGUUUUACCAGGCCGCUAUACAGAUUGAGAUAGCUAACGGAGGGGUAGACCUGAGUGACGUCACAGGUCACCUGCCGUCUGCCCACUUCGACGCCGAGAAGUUCGUGGACGCCAAUGCGAGGCUGCUGGACCUGCGCACUGGGGUGCUGACCGCCAUUGAAGAGGGCGAAUACGAGGCUGCGCGGGAACUCACGGGACAACUUUUCCACACGUUACAGGAUUUCUACUCUCACUCCAACUGGGUGGAGAUGGGAAACACCGGCCCGAACCUGAACCUGGCUGUCCCCGGGGCUGACAUCGGACCUGUGGCGGAUCCACAGACACAAACCUGUGUCGACUGUUCCAAGUCUCUGCUUUGGUACCAAUGUGAAGACAACAUUAUAGACUCCGUCAACAGUCAGGGUCUCCUGACCAGCGGGUACUACGGAGGGCAGACGGACAUGGACGGAAAUGACGUUCCCAAACCGGAAGACGUGAAGUGUAGUCACGGCGGCCGUUUGGACGGGACUCAGGACACUUCUCCUAAAGGAGGAAUCAACAAGGACUCGGAGUGGUCCAUCCUGUCUCCGCACUCCCGGUACCACUACCGGGCCGCACAGCUGGCCGUACAGGCCAGCAGGAACUUCCUCAACAUGAUCAGACAGGCAAAGGGUGACGCCCAGUUCGCUAACUUCCUGAACCUGAACACGGGCAGCACGCUGUGUUUCGUGAUCGACACCACGGGCAGCAUGGCAGACGACAUCGCCGCGUCCAAACAGCGCGCCUACGAGAUCAUAGACAGCAGGGUCGGCUCUCCUACUGAACCGUCCAACUACGUACUCGUACCAUUUAAUGACCCAGAGUUUGGCCCCGCCCUGUCGACGAACCAGGCCGACAUGUUUAAGCAGGAAAUUGACCAGCUCCGCGCGGUGGGAGGCGGAGACAACCCCGAGUUCUCCCUGAGCGCCAUCCGGCUGGCCCUGGUGGAGAGCCUGCCCGCCUCCACGAUCUUCGUCUUCACGGACGCCCCGGCUAAGGACGCCGAGCUUCGCGACACGGUGGUGUCACUGGCCAACCAGAAAAAUAUCAAGAUCACAUUCCUUAUCUCCGGCACGAUCACGCGCAGACGCAGGAGCGUUCCCCGGAGUAAGAGAGAAGUAGGAAACAGGGACACGUACAUCUACAUCGCACAGGCUACAGGUGGUCAAGUGUUGGAGAUUGCCAAGGACGAAGUCUUCCAAACGACACGAUUGGUGGACCUGGUGGUGACGUCAGCAGAGGUGAAUCUCCUAACGACGCAGAGCGUGCAGUCCUCGGUCCGUGCUCACACCAUUCCCGUAGACUCCACCAUGAGUGACCUGGUCGUACAGGUGACCGCUGUCGGGGCGACACUUGAGGUCUUCAACCCUGCAGGAGAUCAGCUGGAGAUAGGACCUGACGGCCCGGUGACAGUUGAGAUCCAGCUGAACAAGGUCCUGGUGGUGCGCAUCCGUGACGUCAUGGCAGGCGAAUGGCGCAUUUCAGUGACGUCAUCAGUGGCCUAUGACCUCCGUGUGUCUGCGCAAAGUACUGUGGACUUCGUGUACUCGUUUGUGAAGAAGGUGACAGACACGGACCACUUCGGCGUCAAGGAGAUUGAAGGACGUCCUGUAGCAGGUGAGGAGGCCACUAUCCGGGUGAACCUGAUUGGCUCCGACCCUACCCAGGUGUCUGACGUCACGGCCCUGUCCCUGGUGGCGUUAGACGGGAGAGUUCUACAGACCCUCCCGCUGCAGGAGAACGAACCGCUCACGGAGUACUUCGCCACGUCAUCGUCACUUCCCACUGUACCCUUCCGCUGUAGACUGGAGGGAAAGGACUCAGGGUCUAGUACGUUCCAACGGUUGAUCACCAGCGUAGUGGAGACCUCGACCAGUCGGCUGCAGGGUUCGGUCGACCCCGUGAUCAGUCGGCUGCUGCCCGGCGGUACGGUAGACGUGCCCUUCACCCUGUCCAACUCCGGUCAGCAAGGAGCCUUCACGAUCGUGGCUACCGACGACAAGGGAUUCGUCAGGAGAGUUACUCCCUCAAGCGUGACGCUAGCCCAGGAUGCGACGACCACGGUGACAGUGAGGCUCAGGGCGCCGUCAGACGUCGCUUUCGGUACGACAACAACGGUGACGUUAACGGCACAGACGUCAUCGGGCAGAUCCUACAACUUCCUGGUCUUCCGGGUCACCGUUAGUCCGCCGGAUCAGGACAAUGUCCCUCCGACGUGCGAGGUGAGAGCUCUGUACGGGAACUGUAAGGACACCGACCGGUCAUCGUGUAGCGGCAGGACCUUCUCUGUCACUACAGCAUACAGAGACGAGGGAUACGGUCUACAGUCCAUCGACCCUCGUACCUUCGCCACUAACUACACCUGGACUGUGGAACAGUUCGCUCCUGGUCUAUCGGAUACUACCAUCAUCGCCAACUACACGGCAACUUGCUGCAGCCCGAAAGUUGAAUUUGCCGUUAGUGACCGAGUUGGCAACUACGAAAUUUGCACUGUGGACCUGACUCCGCCGCAAGGGCUGUCGGGAGGGGCCAUAGCCGGCAUCGUUAUAGGCGUCAUAUUGGCUGUGCUCAUCAUCGUCUUCAUCAUUGUGUACUGCUGCUGCAUACGGAGACGGCAAAAGGACGACCAAACAGACUCACAAGUGACCAAGCGCUCGGACAAGACCGACAAGGGGAAGAAAAAGACCGAGGUCGCGGUAAGAGACGGCGAUCAGCAAGGCCGCCGGUUCUGGUACAGGUUCGCCCGGAAACAGGAAGUGACGACAAGCGGAGGCGGAAAUGUCGUCAUGAAGAAGACGGAGACGCACGAGACCAGGGUUGAGAUCCACAAGACAGUCGUGUCUGAGACCCGCCAGGUCGAGCAGAAGGUCAAAGUCAAGGGCAACAAGAAAUAAGUCUAA